UCCAAUUCUGUACUAACAAUAGUUAAAAGCAAUCUGGCAGUAGCGUUGUGAUAUGUCUGGGUCGGAACAUGUAAACACAGUUGAUUAGAAAAAAGAAUUAUAUACAAAGUAAUUAUUCAUAAUUAUGCCAAUAUUUCUGCCAAUUAAUUGAAAAUUUUUAUUUUUUAAUGUUACCGAGGUGGGAUUUAAUUUACCAGUCUUCCGAAACUAAAAAAUUCAAAAUUUUUAUCGCGCAAGCGCAGUUUUACUUCAAUUUCGAUUACGAGUUAAAAAUGAAUCGAGCUACGAUCAAUCGGUGGCUCAAAUAAUCGACUCGAUAAUCGAUUAUUUACGAAAAUAAUUGAGCGAUUAUUAUAUAUCGAUUAAAAUCCCCCGUCAGUACACGUGACUAUAAUAAUAAAUACGAUUCAUUGAAUCCUACGAAUGUAAAGUCACAAUGAGCAACACAAGUACGAAUAUUAGGAGACAUUUGAUACGAUUAUCUUAUAUAGGUACCAAUUACAGAGGUUCGCAAAAACAUGCUACUUUUAAUAUACACGAUGUCGAUUCUAUACAAGGAGCUACAGAAGCCUCAAUGUAUCAUUUGAAAAAACUCUGUCUCACCAAACCAAGUUUGGUCUUAGCUGGGAGAACUGAUGCUGGAGUUCAUGCUUUGUGUACAACAGGUCAUGUAGAUUUAGAUCUAAAACCUUCUGUUAAUUAUGUAGAUAGGAAUAUUGCUGUACAAAUGAUGAAUAGACAUUUAAUAAAAAGUGGUCAUGAAAUUAGAAUUUAUUCUUUUCAUGAAGUCAGUCCAGAGUUUCACGCAAGAUUUUCAGCAAAGUUAAGAACAUAUAUGUAUAGAUUUAUGAUUUCAAAAAAUCCAGGUGAUCACAAAAUUCCAUUAGCUGAAUUUGGCAGGACUUUACAUUUGCACUUACCUGAAUUUGAUAUAGAUAAAAUGUUUAGUGGUAUAGAGUUGUUUCGAGGGACAAAAGACUUUAAAACAUUUAGUUCAUACUCUAUUCGAUCCAAAAAUCACAAAGAAGAUGAACACAAGAGGUGUUUUGUAAGAACGUUAGAUGUUACUAUGGAGACAGCAUCUGCUCUUAUGCCAUUUGAUCCACUAUCAAUGAAUUUCAACUAUUACCACAUUAUUUUCAAAUCAACAUCAUUUUUAUACAAUCAAAUUAGACGUAUAGUUGGAGCUCUGAUUUCUCUUGCAGCUAGUCGUGUCACAGAAAAAGAUAUAAUAACUAUGCUACAAGUUCCUUCUCAUCAUAAUUGGAAUACUCGAAUUACACCAGCAUUCCCUCAUGGACUUUAUCUUAUGAAUGUGGACUACGAUGAGAACUUAAUUAAACCGUUAAAUUGAAAGUAUAGUAAGAGAUUUUGCAAAUAGACUAUUGUCAUAAACAUGUAUAAAGCUAUAUUACUGUAUGAAUUUAAAAAUAAA